CUGAAGGAUUGUCAUUUUUACAUAGCAGUGUCAAAAUGGUUCAUGGAAAUAUUACUCCUGAAAAUAUAAUUUUGAAUAAAAGCGGAGCCUGGAAAAUAAUGGGCUUUGAUUUUAGUGUGUCAUCAGCCAAUCCUUCUGAACAAGAGCCUAAGUUUCCUUGUAAAGAGUGGGACCCAAAUUUACCAUCAUUAUGUCUUCCAAAUCCUGAAUAUUUGGCUCCUGAAUAUAUACUUUCUGUGAGCUGUGAAACGGCCAGUGAUAUGUAUUCUUUAGGAACUGUUAUAUAUGCUGUAUUCAAUAAAGGGAAACCUAUAUUUGAAGUCAACAAGCAAGAUAUUUAUAAGAGUUUCAGUAGGCAGUUGGAUCAGUUGAGUCGUUUAGGAUCUAGUUCACUUACAAAUAUACCUGAGGAAGUCCGUGAACAUGUGAAACUGCUGUUAAAUGUAACUCCAACUGUAAGACCUGAUGCAGAUCAAAUGACAAAGAUUCCUUUCUUUGAUGAUGUUGGUGCAGUAACACUUCAGUAUUUUGAUACUUUGUUCCAAAGAGAUAAUCUUCAGAAAUCACAGUUUUUCAAAGGACUGCCAAAGGUUCUACCAAAACUGCCCAAGCGUGUCAUCGUGCAGAGAAUUUUGCCUUGUUUGACUUCAGAAUUUGUAAACCCUGAUAUGGUACCUUUUGUUUUGCCCAACGUUUUACUGAUUGCUGAAGAAUGCACCAAAGAAGAAUAUGUCAAAUUAAUUCUACCUGAACUUGGUCCUGUUAAACAGCAGGAGCCAAUCCAGAUUUUGUUAAUUUUUCUACAAAAAAUGGAUUUGCUACUAACCAAAACCCCUCCUGAUGAGAUAAAGAAUAGUGUCCUGCCAAUGGUUUACAGAGCACUAGAAGCUCCUUCCAUUCAGAUCCAGGAGCUCUGUCUAAACAUCAUUCCAACCUUUGCAAAUCUUAUAGACUACCCAUCCAUGAAAAAUUCUUUGAUACCAAGAAUUAAAAAUGCCUGUCUGCAAACGUCUUCCCUUGCUGUUCGUGUGAAUUCAUUAGUGUGUUUGGGAAAGAUUUUGGAAUACUUGGAUAAGUGGUUUGUACUUGAUGAUAUCCUACCCUUCUUACAACAAAUUCCAUCCAAGGAACCUGCAGUCCUCAUGGGAAUUUUAGGUAUUUACAAAUGUACUUUUACCCAUAAGAAGUUGGGGAUCACCAAAGAGCAACUGGCUGGAAAAGUUCUGCCUCACCUCAUUCCCUUGAGUAUUGAAAACAAUCUUAAUCUCAAUCAGUUCAAUUCUUUCAUUUCCGUCAUAAAAGAAAUGCUUAACAGAUUGGAGUCCGAACAUAAGACUAAACUGGAGCAACUUCAUAUAAUGCAAGAACAGCAGAAAACUUUGGACAUAGGAAAUCAAAUGAAUACCUCUGAGGAGACAAAAGUUACACACACUGGGAAUCAGCAUAUUGACAAGGUUUUUAACAACAUUGGAGCAGACCUUCUGACUGGUGGUGAAUCAGAAAAUAAGGAAGAUGGGUUACAGAAUAAACAUAAAAGAGCCUCACUUACACUUGAAGAAAAACAAAAAUUAGCAAAAGAACAGGAGCAGGCACAGAAGUUAAAAAGCCAACCGCCUCUUAAACCCCAAAUACACACACCCAUUGCUCCAGCCAAACAGGCAAAGGACUUGACAGACACAUUGAUGGAUAAUAUGUCAUCUUUGACGAGUCUUUCUGUUAGUACUCCUAAGAUUUCUGCUUCAAGUACCUUCACUUCUGUUCCUUCCACGGGACUUGGCGUGAUGUUUUCUACACCAAUUGAUAAUACAAAGAGAAAUUUGACAAAUGGCCUCAAUGGCAACAUGGGCUUUCAGACUUCAGGAUUCAACAUGCCAGUUAAUACAAACCAGAACUUCUUCAGUAGUCCCAGCACACCUGGAGUGACCAAAAUGACUUUGGGAGGACCUCCCACUCUGCCAAACUUUAGUCCUCUGAGUGUUCCUCCUGCUGGUGUGAAGCAGACCCCACAAAGACCCACAGAUAUGUCUGCCCUUAAUAAUCUCUUUGGUCCUCAGAAACCCAAAGUUAGCAUGAACCAACUAUCACAACAGAAACCAAAUCAGUGGCUUAAUCAGUUUGUACCUCCUCAAGGCUCUCCAGGUAUGGGCAGCUCGGUAAUGGGAACCCAGGUGAAUGUGAUGGGACAAUCUGCCUUUGGCAUGCAGGGUAAUCCUUUCUUUAACCCACAGAACUUUGCACAGCCACCAACUACUAUGACCAGUAGCAGUUCAGCUAGCAAUGAUUUAAAAGAUCUUUUUGGGUGAGGUGUCUUGGUCCUAUUUUUGAAGGUUUGCCUCAGAUUUAAUCAUGGUAAGCUGAUUUACAUCUUUGUAUAGUUGGCUUGAAGAAACGACUUACGGAAAAGUCAAUGGCUGUGUGUCAGAAUUCUAACACCUAUUUCCAGGCUAGCCAGCACAUAGUAGUUAUUUGGACUCCUAACCAGUUGAGUUUUUUAAAGCACUGAGAAUUUUUUUCCUCUUCCAAACUGCUCUUCAGGUUUUUAAAGACCCAGACCAUACCAAUCUCAAAGAGAAAAAGGACAACUGAAUUAUCUUGAAUAGCAAAAUUUUUAAAUCAAAUGUUUAUUUUAGCUUGUAAAUCUUGGUGUUACUAAAAACAUUGAGUUGAUGGUAACUGCAAAGCUCACCUAUUACGUACCUUGUGGUGCACAGUCUAUCUUUAUAAGUCACUCGUCUUCAUUUUAAUAUGUGAAAAUCUUGAUGCUGUAUUGGUUUGUUUGCAUUUCGUAUGACUGAGUGAGAAUGGUAAGCAUAAUAAGAGGAUCGGGUCACUUCUUCCAGUCUUUUCAGACAAUUAAUGUUUAGUACAAAAGGCUGAGUAAACACUGUAAAACUUAACUUACCUUGAUUUCAUUGGUUUAAAAUGCAUUCUUAAUCAUCUUAAGUGCAAACUAAUUGUUGUAAAUUAUAUUUUAGCAUGAUCUGCCUCAAAUAGCAAUGUAUUUUUCUGCCUUUACUUGGAUAUAUUUAGAAUCACUUUUUUUCCUUCUGUAUUACAGAAGAGGUACUGAUUUGUACAGAUAUUUGACAAAGUACUCUGAUGUGAUUUCCCUAUUAUCUUCAUAUUUCAUUUUGAAUUCAAACUUCCAAGGUUGCAGCAUAUAUGAAUUACAUUUUCAAAAGGAGAUUUGUAAAAAUCAAACUAUAUUUAAUGAGUAAACUUUUGAGAUUUCUGCUGUAUUGUUUCAAAUGUAAUAAACUUCUCUAAAAAUGAGCAGUUGUAUCUUCUGGCUACCCACAGAUUAAUUUUCAUAUUGCAAUGACAGUCUGACCUCACCAAUUACUGCUACUAAGGUUUUAAUUCUUUCUUU